GGGCCGCGACCGCGCAGCGGGGUCGUGGCGGCGAGAAGGGGGAGGAGAAAGAGGAGGAGGAGGAGGAGGUCGCCAUGGCCGGGCAGCAGUUCCAGUACGAUGACAGCGGGAACACCUUCUUCUACUUCCUCACCUCCUUCGUCGGGCUGAUCGUGAUCCCGGCCACUUACUAUCUGUGGCCUCGGGACCAGAACGCCGAACAAACUCGAUUAAAAAAUAUCAGAAAAGUAUAUGGAAGAUGUUUAUGGUAUCGUUUGCGGUUAUUAAAACCACAGCCGAAUGUAAUUCCCACAAUAAAGAAGAUAAUUCUGCUUGCAGGGUGGGCAUUGUUUUUAUUCCUUGCAUACAAAGUUUCCAAAACAGACAGAGAGUAUCAAGAAUACAACCCAUAUGAAGUCUUAAAUUUGGAUCCUGGGGCAACAGUAGCAGAAAUUAAGAAACAAUAUCGUUUGCUGUCACUUAAAUAUCAUCCAGAUAAAGGAGGAGAUGAAGUUAUGUUCAUGAGAAUAGCAAAGGCCUAUGCUGCUUUAACUGAUGAAGAAUCUCGGAAAAAUUGGGAAGAAUAUGGGAAUCCAGAUGGGCCACAAGCCACAAGUUUUGGAAUUGCUUUGCCGGCUUGGAUUGUGGAUCAGAAAAACUCCAUUUUGGUUUUACUUGUGUAUGGGUUGGCUUUUAUGGUUAUCCUUCCAGUUGUAGUGGGCUCUUGGUGGUAUAGAUCAAUACGUUAUAGUGGAGACCAGAUCUUAAUCCGCACAACUCAAAUCUAUACAUAUUUUGUGUAUAAAACCCGGAACAUGGAUAUGAAACGUCUCAUAAUGGUAUUAGCUGGAGCCUCUGAAUUUGAUCCUCAGUAUAAUAAAGAUGCCACAAGCAGACCAGCUGAUAAUAUUCAAAUACCCCAGCUGAUCAGAGAAAUUGGCAGUAUUAAUUUAAAGAAGAAUGAGCCUCCACUUACCUGCCCGUACAGCUUGAAGGCCAGAGUUCUUUUACUCUCUCAUCUUGCUAGGAUGAAAAUUCCUGAAACACUUGAAGAAGAUCAGCAAUUUAUCCUGAAAAAGUGCCCUGCCUUACUGCAAGAAAUGGUUAAUGUAAUCUGCCAACUAAUAAUAAUGGCUCGGAGCCGUGAAG